CGGCCGGGCGGACAGAGGCGAGACAAGCGGAGAGGCGCAGCCAGCCAUUCGUCCAUCUUUGAUCCCUUCCUCCUGCCCCCCCGCAUCACCAAGAUGACGACAACCAAUGGCGCCUCUUCUUCACGCCAGCCUCCAGCUGCGGGCCCUUCUCACUACUCUGAGAUCCCACAAGAUGCCCGCCUCAUCUCCCUCAUCAUCGCGUCGAUGGGCAUCCAGGACAUUGAGCCCGGAGUCGAGAUGAUGCUCCUCGAGUGGGCCCAUCGGUACAUUCACACAAUCCUCUCCGACUCCCUCCUCUACGCCUCGCACGCGCACCCUUCCUCUUCGUCGAACCCGCAAAUCAGUCUGGCCGACGUUACUCUAGCAGUGCAGUCUCACCUCUCUCACUCCCUCAUCCAGCCGCCAUCCAAGUCUGCACUUCUCAAUCUGGCCUCCUCCCUCAACUCGACCCCUCUGCCGCCUAUCAGUGACAGGUACGGGCUGAGACUGCCGCCAAAGGAGCAUUGCUUGACCAACGUCAACUUCAACAUCGUGCCGGACGCCCUGGAUGAUGAGGAUGACGAAGAGGAUGGAGAUGGGGAGGACGAAAGAGACGAGGAGCAGAGAGGAGCAGGAGCUGCUGUGGGCGAGGCGGAUGCGGAUGAUACAGCGACUGCCGGCGCAGGGGAUGUCACCAUGACUGAAGAGGGAACUACAAAUGGACGCGCGGCAGCUGAUGAAGACGAUGCGGCGGGGCGAGGCGUCAAAAGGAGCCUCGAGGAGGACGAUGAGUACGAUUGAGUGGGCAAUGAUCGACCAAGAAUAAAUUGCGGCAACAAAUCAUGUACAGUAUUCGGAAA